AUGGGACGUUAUACACCAUCACCAGCUGUCUUCAAUACAGACAGCGAAAUAGACGAAUACGUUUCCCAAACCAUUGGUACGGACGUAUCACCGAAUCGCAUUCAAUACUCAUGGCUUUCAAUCGCAAACUUGUACUUUAAAGUUGGAAACUAUUCCAAGACUGAAAAAUAUCUACUUGAACUUUUGAAACUACAAUCUGAGGAUUAUGAGGCAAACGACCUACUUGGUACUGUUUACAGAAGACAAGGCAGGCAAGAGGCUGCUUUAGAUUUCUAUGAAAGAGCUUUGUGUAGCAAAGGUGCUUCACAAAAUCGUGCGUUAGAUGCACAUAAUAAAUUCGUCUUAUGCAAACAUAAAGCUGCUGAACUCUGCACACUGCUAGCGAAAAAGGCUAAAGAUGAAACUGAAAUAAAAAAGUUUACUGAUAAGUCCUUAUUUUGGAUCGAAAGAACUCGUCAAGUAAAUAAAAAAUACAUUCCUCGAGCAGUACAAUUAUUGCAUAAAACAUAUAUCAUUAUAGUUCAGCAUGCAGAAAGGCAAUCUGAUAGGCGUGGUUGCUUAAAGCGUCGUGAUGGAAGUACACCAGUGGCUAGUAUUCAGUGGAUUGAUGAUACUAUAAAAAGCUUGUUAACGGUUGAGGAUACUUUCAUCGAUCCCGCUUUUCAUAUAAUUCUUGCUAAGGCAUUAUUGAAAAUGCAUGAUCAUCAACGUGUAUGGAAACAUGUAUUACAGCGACGUUAUAAUUUCGUUGAUAGCUUAGAAUGGAAUCUCUUUGUCAAGAAUACGUUUCCAAAGCUGAGAAAGUUAGCCACUAUUGACAGUAUAAAGGAGCUGUUACAUGAAUCAACAGAGUUGAUAUUUUUCGCUUGUGACAAUGUUGUUAGACUAUCGUUAAAAAUAAAACCACGCGAUGAAUCUGGAAAACUUGUGAAGGAGUUUUCAGAUCUUAUAAAGACAUGGGAAACACCUUCAUCGCAAAAUCAUCAAGUUGUUGAAAAAUGGACACGUUACCGACAGGAAUAUCAAUAUCGAAGCUUACGACAUGAUGGAUAUUUCCAAUUUAAACUCGCAUCUUCUGAUUUGAGUCAAUUCAAGCUUCUGUCUAAGACAGUACAGAAAAAUCAAGAGCAUCUCUGUGCUGCUUAUUCAAAAUUUAAAGCAUGUUUAUCUUUUCGCCGUGAGACUUUCCGUGACCCUAAUCGUCCAAUUACUCAUUUUAUUUAUCUAAUGUGCCAACGGAUAAGUGAUGUUUCUCAUCAAUUAUUGGUUUUGUUGCAUUGUUUUGAUUAUGCUUGGUUGAAUAAAAGCGAUUCCGCUGCAUAUGUAUUGAAACCACGUUCCCAAUAUGAAGAUGAUGUUAGACAAAAUUUUGUUUUACCUGGACAUGUUCGUCUUAUUAAGGAGUUGAUUCAAAAUGUCGGUAAAAACCAACUGGCAGAAUUAAGUACAUUGAAAUGGUUGGCUCAAAUGUCAAAUCAGAUUGAUAAGAUAGCAUUUUGUGCCCCAUAUGAUUUGGACCGUUUUUUGGCUGUUUCGGCUUGGUAUAUGGAAAGUGGUGUGUUACGAGAAUGGUUACGAUAUAUAUUUCCGAGAUUAGAAGACUGCCCAAAGUUUCCGGAACCCGGAAAACGCCACGAUAUUCCAUCGUCCAUUCAAACCUUAUCAUCAUUGUUUGAAAGCAUGUCGAUACGGAAUCAAAUGGGAACUGGACUGGCUCGCUUGUUGUCAAAACAAGAAAGAAAAACCAAAAGGAAUCUAAUAAUUGAAACACCAACUUUGAUAGACAUUGAAUUUUUUCUUAUAAUUUUACUUAUCCAAAGGCAGUAUCAUUGUGUUGUUGACCAGGGGGCGGAAUCUUUAGGUCAGAUAUUAUACCUAGCAUCACAAGAAUGCUGGAAACCACGUGAAAGUCAGAGAAAAUUUUGGAGAACAUUGCUAUGGUGGUAUGGUAAGAAUGAUCCGGAUAAACGAAUAUAUACAAGUGAUUUAAUGUCUAAUGAAGAGUUCUCACAAUGUAUCAGAGAGAUUAGAGGUGACAUCAACCUACAUGACUACGAUUAUAAUCAGACUUUGUCCGUUAUAAAUUUGCAAAGAGACUUGUUUUUGGUGAUAGCAAUACUCUUUGAGGCAAUGAUUACACGCUAUAAUCAAUGUAGGUCAACAGAGGGACUACAUUGCGUUGAAGUUCAUCAGAAUUGGGAAAUGAAUGUUUCAAAAGGCGAAUCGACGAAUGAUACAAGGGUGAAAUUUGCAAUAUUAGAUGACGAAGUUAAAGAGCCGGGAUAUCGAAUGUUUAUUCCCGUUAAUUCGGACCUUGAGAAAAAUGACAUGACAGAGCGUUUAUCGUUUAUAUUUACUGAAAAUGGCGAUAUGUCUAUACUAGAGUUAGAACCGGGUUCAACCGGGUCAAAAAGUCCAACACAACCACAAUCUUUUGACGCUGUCAAUUCAUUUAUUAUAGUUGAUGAUCAUGAUCAACCAUUUGGAGAGUUGAAUCACAGCAUGAUAGAAACUACUAAUGUUCCUGAAAGUGAUUCUGAAUUAUUAGACAAUGAAAGCAAUGAAAGUAACUCUGAUUUGUUGAUAAAUUUUGAUUAA